AUGGAUAUGAACCAGCCUCAUCUUGCUGUGGUCAUUCCUCGAGCUUGGGAAUUACCAUCGAUCGAGAUAGAAUGCGAGAAAGCUACCAUUUACUUCUACAACCACAUGAUGCCACAUUUGUUUCAUUACAUCUCGAUCUACGAUAAAGUCACCAAGCAUACCACGUAUCAAAAAUAUUACAACUACGGACCUAAGUGCGAUCCUCACUGGUCCACCUAUAGGUACCAACUCGAAACAUUCGUCUAUAAAAAUGGCAUCGGUGUCAGGCUCGUGAUGGGAGAGCUGGAUCCAGCAUCGGCCGAUUAA